UUAUUGAACAUUCAAUACAGCAAUGUUGGUAGCAGCUACCGAGUGUAAUGUACUGUCAUGGCGACGUUACCGCCACGGAAAAAUCCAACUCCAACGAAAAUUUUAAAACAACACUUGACCCCAUUGCAAACACUGUUGCAGUUGGGCUUUCCUAAACACAGAGCAGAAAAAGCGUUAGCUGCUACAGGACAUCGAGGUAUUCAAUUGGCAUCUGAUUGGCUAGUGGCUCAUGUUAGAGAUCCAACUUUGGAUUCUGAUAUGCAAAGAGAAUAUGUUUUGUAUGCUUGUCCAACAGGUGCAUUAGCCGAACAACUUAAGAGAUUUUGGUCAGAAAGCAAAGAGUUAAUAUGGAAUGGAGCACAUAAUUAUAUGCCACAUAUUACGCUUGUAUCGUUCUUUAAAGCUGCAGAUGAACUGACUGAAGAAUUGGUAAAUGCUCUUGAAAAUAUAGUUAAUCAGGAUGAAUUACAGAAUCAUAUCGAUUUAGAAACUUAUGUCUCUCCGAACUUUAUGGGUCUUUUUGUUAAAGAAAUAAAUGCUGAAUGGUUAAAGGAUAUAGCUCUUCGAUAUGUGAAUAAACUUACAGCUUUGGGUAUUUCUGCAGAGCCCCAAGUAAAAUCAUUGCAUCUGACAUUAAUUUAUCAGUUUCCUAGCAACCUGUAUCAACAACUUCGUUCGAUGGUAGAAAAAUUAACAUUAACUUCUUCAGCUAAUUGGGAACUCAGAUUGUAUUCUAGAGACUCUAGGCUACAGAAUGCUCAUGUGCAUAAAGUGAUGCAUGCUUUUGUGCCCAGAGAACACGAUGAAUUAGAAUUAAGAGUGGGAGAUUACAUUUAUAUUCCAGAAGGGGCAUGUAGUUUAUCUACAGACGGUUGGAUUGAAGGCAUCUCCUGGUUAACUGGUAUUUCAGGUCAUUUACCUUUAAAUCAUACAAAACGAACAGCUGAAUCAGACUCAUGGACGUUGCAUACUACUGUACAGCUUACUGAUAAUAAAAAUUCAAUCAUAGAAAAAGAAGAAAUACCUUUAACAAGGAAACCACCAGUAUUGUUAACAAAUGAUUCUACAGAUACUCCUGAUGGAAUACCAAGAACUAAUGAACCAAUUGAAGCCUCUGAAGCAAUUUCACCCUCUUCAAGGCAAAUAUUCAUAUGUCGCCAUGGAGAAAGAGUAGAUUUUACAUUCGGAGCAUGGAUUCCUUAUUGUUUUGAAUCAAAUGGAUCUUAUGUUCGGAGGGACUUAAAUAUGCCAAAGGAAAUUCCAUCAAGAAAUAUACAGGACUUUCAAAAUGAUAGUCCUUUAACAACUGUAGGUGAAGUGCAAGCAGGCUUGGUAGGAGAAGCAAUGAAAUCUUCUAGUAUUAAGAUAGAUGUAGCUUUUACUUCGCCAUCAUUGAGAUGUAUACAAACGUUGGCCCAUAUUUUAAAAGGAUUUGAUUCAAAUAUUCCAAUGAAAAUAGAGCCAGGUCUGAUAGAAUGGUUAGCAUGGUAUCCAAAUGGUGUACCAGUUUGGAUGACAUCUGAAGAAUUAAUGAAGGCAGGUUUUAACAUAGAUAAAAGUUAUGACCCAGUUAUUAAAGCGAAAGAGCUUCCAUUGAAAGAGAAUGCAGCACAGUAUUACGAACGAAGUUAUGAAUUAAUUAAACGAAUUAUUGAAAGUACAGUAGGGAAUAUUUUAAUAGUAGCUCAUGCAGCUUCGUUAGCAGCUUGUACUAGACAAUUAACAGGUGGCAGAGUACCAUCAGCUGCUGAAGUUACUAGAUUAGUUCAAAGAGUACCAUAUUUAGCGUGCCUAACAGCUCGUGAAGGGUUGGAUGGUUGGCAACUUCAUCCACCACCAUUUCCACCUAUUACACAUACUAGUAAUACUAGAUUUGAUUGGAAAGUACUGUUGUAAAAAUACUAGUAUUACUUUAAAUUGUGACCCAAUAAGUUUUCUGUUUUAAUUUAUACAAAGUAUUUUAAAGGCGGUAACAAGUAUUUAAGAAAUAACUUUUUGGGUUGGAUUAUUUAUAAUCUACAACAAAUUCAGAAUAUUAGAUUAUUAUUCAAUGUUUUAUAAAAUUAGCAUUUAUAGGGAAAUAAUACGGGUAUUGGCUUUUGAUUCCUCCUUUUCUUUAGAAAAGGAUAUAAAAGUGACGUAUAUCCCAAUCUUUAUAAAGAUUGUAUGAAUUCCAUAUUUCAAUAUAAUGAUUAAUAGAAAACUAUUUUGUCAUAGGUUUCAUGUUUAAUGUUCAAAAAAUAUUUAGUAAAAUAAUACAUGAUAUAUCUAACUUGUGAUGAAAAAAUACUAUCAAUUUUACAGUUUUUAGAACAUAUUAUGAAUGACAUAAUUUUUGCCUAAUUAUGCUUUAAAAUCAAACAUAACUACAAAUUAAAAAUAUUUCAACUAACUCAUGUCAAUUGAUUGUGCAUUGAGACUUUUGAAUCUAUAUGUAUUUUGAAGAUCUAAGAUCUGUUACAAAUGUAGUUGCCAGAAGAUUAUUUUGCUGUUUGAGAAGAUCUAUAUGCAUAUAAAUUUAUAAAAACCACUAUAUUCUUUACAAUACAAUCUUCACACAUAUUCUAGGCAUUUGCUAAAGUAGAUAGUAUGAAUACUGUGUGAAAAUUUAGAAGUACAAAAUCAAUGUAGAAAAGACAGUGUUGUUAUUUACCAAAGAAACAUAAAUAUAUAGAAUGUUAUAAUAUUUUAUUAUGAAUGUAGUUGUAUCGUAAAGGGACCUACUGCUUUAUUUUAUGCGAUAAAAAUUUAUUCAUGUAUAACAUACAACAUUUGAUGAUGUAUAAA